AUGCAGGAUUUUAUCGGCUCCGUUCGUCGAUCCCUAGUGUUCAAACCCUCGGCCGGCGGCGGUGGAAAUGAAGAUGGUGUUGGUGGUGGUUCUUUCGGUGGCUUUGUUGAAAAGAUCGGUUCAAGCAUUCGUAAAUCAAAAAUGGGACUUUUCACUAAGUCGUCCAUUCAGGCACUACCUUCUCCGAUUGACAAAAGCAGAGCGGUGGGGAAGAAGAAAAAAGACGAGGGCGGUUCCCAGAUCCGAUGGCGGAAAGGAGAAUUAAUUGGUUGUGGAGCGUUUGGUAGGGUUUAUAUGGGGAUGAAUCUUGACUCAGGGGAGUUACUUGCUGUCAAGCAGGUUUCUGUGGUUGUAAAUACUGCUUCAAAGGACAAAACUCAGGCUCAUAUCCGAGAGCUCGAAGAAGAGGUGAAGCUAUUAAAGAAUCUUUCGCAUCCAAACAUUGUUAGGUACCUAGGAACUGCUAGAGAGGAGGAGUCGUUGAAUAUCUUCCUGGAAUUUGUUCCUGGUGGAUCCAUCUCGUCGCUCCUCGGAAAAUUUGGUUCCUUCCCUGAAUCUGUGCUACGGAUGUACACAAAGCAACUAUUGGUGGGGCUGGAGUAUCUCCAUAAAAAUGGUAUCAUGCACAGGGACAUUAAGGGAGCAAAUAUUCUUGUUGAUAAUAAAGGCCGAAUCAAACUUGCAGAUUUUGGUGCCUCCAAGAAAGUUGUAGAGCUGGCUACAAUGACUGGUGCCAAGUCAAUGAAGGGUACCCCGUAUUGGAUGGCUCCUGAAGUUAUACUCCAGACUGGCCAUAGCUUCUCUGCUGAUAUAUGGAGUGUCGGAUGUACUGUAAUCGAGAUGGCAACUGGAAAGCCUCCUUGGAGCCAACAGUAUCAGGAGGUUGCUGCUCUCUUUCAUAUAGGAACAACAAAAGCUCAUCCACCUAUACCAGACCAUCUUUCUGCUGAGGCAAAGGAUUUUCUGUUAAAAUGCCUCCAAAAGGAACCGAAUCUCAGGCCUAAUGCAUCAGAAUUGCUGCAGCAUCGUUUUGUUACUGGGGAGUAUGAGGAGACUCAUCCUGUCUUUCGCACAUCAGUUAUGGAAACCCCUGCCAAUAAAAUACCAACAUCUACGAAGGACCCUAGGAAUCCUGUUAGCCCGGAGAUGAAAACAAGCCGUGGUAUGGUGGAUGUUCAUGGUAUGAAUAGUGUGAGGUGCUCGACUAUAUACCCUGAGAAAUUUUCUCAAGGGCCCAUGUGGGGUUCAAAUAGAUACAAUGAUGACAUGUGUCAGAUGGAUGAUGACGAUCUCAUGGCUAGCACAUCUAUGAAGUUUGAUUCUACUUUACCUUCUCUUGAUGUCAAUAAGAGUUUUAAUCCCAUGAUUGAACCUGAUGAUGACUGGUCGUGCCAGUUUGAUGGAAGUCCAGAACUAAGCAAGAAUGCAGCUAACUUACGUCCAGAUCAAUUUUCUGAGACAACUGCAGAAACCCAUGGAGCAUUAGGCAAUGAAGAUAAUGGUUUCACCUUUCCAAGUGGGGCUUCAGGAAUGGAGGAGGAAGAAGAACUUACAGAAACAAAGAUAAUUGCAUUCCUGGACGAGAAGGCUUUAGAUCUGAAGAAGAUGCAAACGCCUCUAUAUGAAGAAUUUUACAACUCUUUGAAUGCAGCCGUUUGUCCCGUUGGGAGCGAAAACAAGGAAAACUUAUCCAACAACCUGAACUUACCUCCUAAAAGCAAAUCACCUAAUAGGCUGCUAAGAAAGAGGCUAUCUUCAGCUGUUAACAUUUCCUAUAUUGGUAGCGCUGGUAAUAAUUCUGAGCGCGUGUCACAUAUUGGUGGUGUAAAUGAUCGAAACCCACAAGAAUGUCGUUCACCUGAGCAUGGUCAGGUGAAAGAGAACAUUCAUGAUUCACAGCUAGAGGCCAUUAGUCCAAGCGCAAACUUCUCGGAUAUGCAAAGAAGAUGGAAGGAAGAACUCGCUGAAGAGCUUGAAAGAAAACGAGAGCUUAUGCGGCAAGCAGGCGUAGUAAAAACAUCGUCCCCGAAGGAUCGCAUGAUAAGUCGCCAAAAAGAACGAUUACGGUUUGCAUUUCCUGGCAAUUAACGAAAGAAUAUUUCUGCCUCUUUCCUUUACCAUACAUGAAACCGCCAUCUUGCUUGCUUGAGAUUGAGAGCAGGUAAGGGUUGUGAUUUAUUUUUGUUUUAGUUAUUGUUCAUUGUUAUGCUAAAGUUGUGUAUCUAGUUCUGUCUGGUGAAAAAGAUGUUACAUACGAGCAAGCACACCACCUUCUUUUGUAUUAAAUCCAUGUG